GGCAGGCCGAGCGUCGGCUUCCGGCGGAAACGGGCGCGAGCAAGAUGGCUACGACCAAGCGUGUGCUGUGGGCUGGCAGAAGAGGUGGACGACAAAGUUCUUCAUGCGGCUUUUAUCCCUUUUGGAGACAUCACAGAUAUUCAGAUUCCUCUGGAUUAUGAAACAGAAAAACACCGAGGAUUUGCUUUUGUGGAGUUUGAGUUGGCAGAGGAUGCUGCAGCAGCUAUCGACAACAUGGUAUGGCUGGGAGUCCACAUUCUAACCGAAGGUGCCUUUUGCUGGUUCAGAGGGUCCUUGUUCAGACACUGAAUGAAUCUGAACUCUUUGGACGGACAAUUCGUGUCAAUUUGGCCAAGCCAAUGAGAAUUAAAGAGGGCUCUUCCAGGCCAGUUUGGUCAGAUGAUGACUGGUUGAAGAAGUUUUCUGGGAAGACCCUUGAGGAGAAUAAAGAAGAAGAAGGACCUGAGCCUCCCAAAGCUGAAGCCCCAGAGGGAGAGCCCGCUGCAAAAAAAGCCCGGUCAAAUCCUCAGGUGUACAUGGACAUCAAGAUUGGGAACAAGCCAGCAGGCCGCAUUCAAAUGCUCCUACGGUCUGACGUUGUGCCCAUGACAGCAGAGAACUUCCGUUGCCUGUGCACCCAUGAAAAGGGCUUUGGCUUCAAGGGAAGCAGCUUCCACCGCAUCAUCCCCCAGUUCAUGUGCCAGGGCGGUGACUUCACAAACCACAACGGCACAGGGGGCAAGUCCAUCUAUGGGAAGAAGUUCGAUGAUGAAAACUUCAUCCUUAAACACACAGGGCCAGGCCUCCUCUCCAUGGCCAAUUCUGGCCCAAACACCAAUGGCUCCCAGUUCUUCCUGACCUGUGAUAAGACAGAUUGGCUGGACGGCAAGCACGUGGUGUUUGGGGAGAUCACGGACGGCCUGGAUGUCUUGCGGCAGAUUGAGGCGCAGGGCAGCAAGGAUGGGAAGCCAAAGCAGAAGGUGAUCAUUGCUGACUGUGGAGAGUACAUGUGAGGCUCUGCUCAUCUCUGUAGGACAGGGUGAACCGCCUGGUGUCUGCCCUGAUGCUGAGUGGGUCCUGAGAAGCGAGCUGUGUAUAGCACGUGCCUUUCCUUGGGGUCACCUGCCUUAGCAGCCAGUCGUCUGCACUGUUGGGUUCUUCGGUCACGGCUCUGCCCGAAAGCCAGCAUGGGCACAGUGUUGCCACCACCUGCCCUGAACUGUGUAGCUGCUGGGUGGCGUCUUUGCGAAAAUAAACUGGUUUUCUGUA